AGGCUUAACAUACAUAACGCCCUCUUUCUUAAAAACUGAAACUAAGAUUUAAAAAAGAAAAAAGGAACGGAUUUUUUAAAUUGCCAUAUUUUUUAUUUUACUUAAUACCAAAAUAAAUCUCACGCGAUACACAUACUCGAAGCAGAAAAUUAGCUACCGGUAUUAAUAUAUCUAAGUUUACACGAGGAGACGGAAAAAAUCGAUAAAAGUACACGAAUUAGCAUCGAGUAUAGUAGGAAAGCGGGCCGAUCGGAAGCGGAGCGUGUGAGAAGCGGCCAGUUCGGACGUCCAGUUUGAAUCGAAUUACAUCUUCUAGUUGAUAAAAAAAGAGAGUAGAAGACGAAAUAUUCGCGCCAUGACUCACCGGCAUCAGCUGUUUCACGUGCCAAUGACGAAAUCAUGUUUCUAACAUUGUGUUAUGCCUUCUUGACUGUAGUGGUCCAGCGGCAGAGAAGACGUCUCGCCGAUUUACUCAGAGAACGUUUGGGAUGCGGCACCGUCUUGUUUCAUAAAAAUAACAGCACUUCUAGCUCCAAAUUUACGGAUGGAGAGAUAAAAAUCGUUAAACCUUUACUGGAAAAAGAUGAGAAGAGAGUAUCGCUAUUAUUACCUAAGCAAAAGAUAAAUUUAUCCACUUGGAAUUGUUACGGGGAUUACCAACAUGGACAAUUAAGUAGGAGCUUUCCGGCCGUUAAUUCUGUAAAUAUUUUAUUUGAAAUUAUUUGCUGCGAGGCGAAUGAAAGGAGGGAUCGUAAUUCCAAGAGUUGUUUAAAUGUAGAAGAAUAUUGCAUCCCAAUGGCUUGGAGAUCAAACGAAGUGUUUGGUAUUUUAGUAAAAUCUUCCGUAGAAGAUCUUAAUCUUCUUGGUGCUGCAUUUUUAAAUGAUCAACUAUGUAUGAGUGAAGGAAAAGAGAUACAUAAAAUGAUGAUGGAUGUUGAAGGUAGUCCUAUUGAUUCUGUCCAUCCAUUCAGUUUUCCUCUGUCAUCACCUUCUUCUUGGUCAUCGUGUUUGCUUCAGACCGAUAGCACAACAUCUACUCCACUAGUAGAGCAAACACCAGAGUUAUGUGAACGAUUACUUGUAGAAGGAGGAGCAGAAAAUGCUGAAGAAGACUUUCUUCAUACUCCAGUUUUUCCUCCUCUGGAAGUUAUCGAACAACAAGAAUACUGUGAUACUUACGGUGGUUCGAAUGAAUCUCUUGCCGAAAAUGUCCUUUCUCUGUUAGAGGAAUCCUUGAGUGAUUCCGAGACUUCACUAAAUGGAGAUAGAGACUCAUUGUGCAGUCAGUUAUCAAACGAAGGAGAAGCUGCGAGUCAGUCUAGUAGUCCUAGGAAGUUAGUUGAUAGUAUUUAUUGUAAUUUAGAUAAUUCAAUAGAUGAAUUCGAAGAAGCCGAAGAGUAUUGUGCUGGAGAAGCAAUGGCAGAAGGUUCUUUUUCGCCCAUUCCUGAUUUAGAUGAAAUGAUUUUUAUAACAAAUAAUAUUCCUAAAAUUGAUGCAUCUUCCAAGCCGCCAAAUAUAUUUAUAUACACAGGAGAAGAAGAAUCUGGUCCAUCCUCAUUAUUCAGAAGUAUAAAAGACAAUCUACAGUUAUGUUUGAAACCUAACUGUUACACGAUAUACUCUCUUACACCAACACAGGUAGAAGAAUAUUGCAUCCCAAUGGCUUGGAGAUCAAACGAAGUGUUUGGUAUUUUAGUAAAAUCUUCCGUAGAAGAUCUUAAUCUUCUUGGUGCUGCAUUUUUAAAUGAUCAACUAUGUAUGAGUGAAGGAAAAGAGAUACAUAAAAUGAUGACAGUGGAUGUUGAAGGUAGUCCUAUUGAUUCUGUCCAUCCAUUCAGUUUUCCUCUGUCAUCACCUUCUUCUUGGUCAUCGUGUUUGCUUCAGACCGAUAGCACAACAUCUACUCCACUAGUAGAGCAAACACCAGAGUUAUGUGAACGAUUACUUGUAGAAGGAGGAGCAGAAAAUGCUGAAGAAGACUUUCUUCAUACUCCAGUUUUUCCUCCUCUGGAAGUUAUCGAACAACAAGAAUACUGUGAUACUUACGGUGGUUCGAAUGAAUCUCUUGCCGAAAAUGUCCUUUCUCUGUUAGAGGAAUCCUUGAGUGAUUCCGAGACUUCACUAAAUGGAGAUAGAGACUCAUUGUGCAGUCAGUUAUCAAACGAAGGAGAAGCUGCGAGUCAGUCUAGUAGUCCUAGGAAGUUAGUUGAUAGUAUUUAUUGUAAUUUAGAUAAUUCAAUAGAUGAAUUCGAAGAAGCCGAAGAGUAUUGUGCUGGAGAAGCAAUGGCAGAAGGUUCUUUUUCGCCCAUUCCUGAUUUAGAUGAAAUGAUUUUUAUAACAAAUAAUAUUCCUAAAAUUGAUGCAUCUUCCAAGCCGCCAAAUAUAUUUAUAUACACAGGAGAAGAAGAAUCUGGUCCAUCCUCAUUAUUCAGAAGUAUAAAAGACAAUCUACAGUUAUGUUUGAAACCUAACUGUUACACGAUAUACUCUCUUACACCAACACAGGUGAAUCAAAUUGUUUGGAGAGAUAAUACAGAACUGUUAAUAGUAUCCUGUGAUGAAUUAAAUGAAAAGGUGAAUAAGUGUUUUAGUGCCUUUGUUCAUUCAGGUGGAAAAGUUUUAAGUUUUUGUUCAAACUUAGACAUACUUUCAUACAAACUUUCAUACGAAGACAAUGUUUUGGGUAAAUCCGUUGUAAAAAUGAAAUAUAAAGAGUGGGAUACAGUUUCACUUAUGCGAGGAAGAUUUAGAUGUAGAGAUGGACUUCAGAAAAAAAAUGUAUUUGUGUUGGGAACAAAUGAAGACGACGGGGAAGCAUUGAUUAAAGUGUUUCAUUCACAAAAUAAUUCUGGAAUUUCUGUGAUGUGUCAGGUAAUGUUAAAUUUAUUUAUAUUUCUUGUGAAUUUUUUUUAUAGUGUUAUGUAAAAGUAAAUUAUUAUUAUUUUAUAAGUAUAUAAAGAUAAAUGCUACAUUUCAGUAUGCAUCAAUCUUAGGCACAAUCAAUGCACCAAUGAACAGUUUUAAUUAACGAUGAGACAAUACCAAAAUUUCUCCC